AUCUUUGCUUCCCCAGCUGACAAGUCUACCGAGGCCUGAGGCCUUUGAGGAAGCAGGUCUCGGGGACAGAGGGCUGCGCUGUGGCUUUACAUGGGCAGGUGUCAUUAUCCCAGUGUCUUGUCUGUCUUCGGAGCAGAAGGUUUUCAUCUGACUUGACACUGCCUGGUGCUGUGGCCCCCGGAGCCCCUGAGAGCUCCUCCAGCUUGACCCAUGCAAACAGCUCCACAGGCGUUCUGGGGUUUGCUUUGUGGCCCUGGGGAGGGAGAGCCGACUGCAGAUCAGGACCUCGGUGGAUGGAAUCCGGGACCAGGACUCGCCCCAGCUGAGGCGCUCACCGAUGACGCAUAGCUUGGCGUCCCAGCAACGCCGUUACUAAGGAGCGGAGCGCUGUCGGAAACAUGGAUGCAACCACAGCCCCUCAUCGCAUUCCCCCGGAAAUGCCUCAGUACGGGGAAGACUACUACAUUUUCGAGAUGAUGCAGAACAUGUUGGAGCAGCUCCUGAUCCACCAGCCGGAGGACCCCAUCAGCUUCAUGAUCACUCACCUGCGCAGGAACAAUGAUAAUGAGUACACAGUCAUCCAUGCCUCUCCACCACACGGAGUCCUUCCAGCCCCACGCGCACAGGAGAGCCUCAAGAGCAUCAGGAUAGACGUGCCGAAGGUUGUGAUAUUAGGUCCGCCUGCCUCAGGGAAAACCACCAUCGCCAUGUGGCUCUGCAAACAUCUAAACAGCAACCUCAUCACCAAGGAGAGCUUACUAGAAAGAGAGUUUUCCCGUCUGUCUGUGGAAGCCAAGAGUUACUACCAGGUUUACAAGAAGAUUCCCAAUUCGAUUCUUGUCAGUCUUGUCCAGGAGCGUCUGAAUGAAGAUGACUGCCUCAGAAAGGGCUGGAUCCUGGACGGCAUCCCUGAGAGGCGGGAGCAGGCUCUGAUGAUCCAGACCCUGGGGCUGGCGCCCAAGCACGUCAUUGUGCUUAAUGCUCCAGACACUGUCCUGAUCGAGAGAAAUGUGGGCAAGCGGAUCGACCCUGUCACCGGAGAGAUCUAUCACACCACCUUCGACUGGCCCCCUGAGCCUGAAAUACAGAACAGGCUGAGACAGCCGGAGGGCAUCUCGGAGAUCGAAACGGCGAAGAAGCUGCUGGAGUACCACAGGCACAUCAUCAGGAUUCUUCCUUCUUACCCAAAAAUCCUGAAAACCAUCAGCUCAGACCAGCCGUGUGUGGAUGUCUUCUACCAGGCUCUGACCUAUGUCCAAUCUGGCCAUCGAUGCAAUGCCCCAUUCACCCCCAAGGUGCUGCUGUGUGGGCCGUUGGGCAGCGGGAAGAGACUGCAGGCUACCCUUCUGGCCCAGAAAUAUGGCCUUGUAAACAUCAGCUGCGGGCAGCUGCUGAAGGAGGCUGUGGCAGCCAAGUCAAGCUUCGGGGAGCUCAUCCAGCCAUUCUUUGAAAAGAGGAUGACAGUUCCAGACAGUAUCAUCACCAAAGUUCUGGCUGAUCGAAUGGAGCAACAAGAUUGCAUCCAGAAAGGGUGGGUGCUGCACGGCUUCCCAAGAGACCUGGACCAGGCCCGGAUGCUGAACUCCAUGGGCUACAAUCCCAACAGGGUCUUCUUCCUGAGUGUGCCACUGGAUUCCAUUCUGGAGCGGCUGACGCUGAGAAGGACAGACCCUGUCACAGGAGAAAGGUUCCACCUCAUGUACAAGCCCCCUCCCACCAUAGAGGUCCAGGUCCGCCUCCUGCAGAACCCCAAGGAUUCAGAGGAGUACAUCAAGCUCCAAACGGACCUGUUCUACAGGAACUCUGGGGAUCUGGAGCAGUACUACGAUCGAGCCAUCAUUGUCAACGGAGACCAGGACCCAUACACAGUUUUUGAGUAUAUAGAGAGCGGGAUCAUUAAUCCUCUGCCCAGGAAAGUUACCUGAUAUGUGCGAAGCCAGGAGCAAGCCCUGAAGACAUUCAAAGCCCCUGCCCUCAACCUUCAUCAGACCCCAUCCAGCCAAUAAAGAUGCUAGUCACAACCUC